AUGUUUGUGAAUCGACUGACUUCCCAAGUUGGACAAGUUAAGUCACUGAUUCAGUACAUCAUUCAAAGAAUGAAAGGACACAGACAUCAUCAGCCGACCUCAAGCGUAGAUGACGAUGAAGAAAUAGAAAUUGAAGAAGACGACGAUGAUGAUGACGAUGAUGAGGAAGAGCUUACAAGGGAUGAAUUCAAUUUGAAUAAAAUCAUUUUGGCAGUUACCCGACCUGGAAAGUUGUUUGGAAUCCGAAGCCAAAACGGUCAUAUUAUUUGGCACCACUACAUUUCUAAGAUUGCUCCAUUUGACAGCAAUGGCAAGGACAAGCUGUUACUUUUUGUCAUGAGAACGACAGCACACAUUGGACUUGACCCUCAAUGCCUGGUGUUGGGAAAAAGCAAGGUCAAUGGCAAAGGUUUAUUAUAUGCCUUCAAUCCUGUCACUGGUGCCCCUGUGGCUGACAUUCCAUCCAGUGGCAAGAACUUGCUAUAUACUGUGCUUCAAGCAUCCAUGUUUUCUGAACCCGACAACAAUUUCCUCAAAGGUGUCUUGAUUCUUGAUGACACUUAUACUGUGCAUACAUAUCCAGCCAGUUAUAAAAAGACAUUGAAAACAUUCCUACCGACCGUGUUCUUCCACACUGUCAACAUUAUAGAUGGAGAAAUCCUGGGUUAUAGAGUUGUUAACAAUCGCGGCAAGAUACAAACAGAGAAUAUUUGGUCGAUAAAUAUGCAGCAGAAUUUGCAGACCAUCACGAAUGUUUUGCCAAAAAGAGCCUCAGAAGUUGUUCAUUCCCAAGGACGUGUGCUUGGGGACAGGAGUGUGCUGUACAAAUACCUGAAUCCAAAUUUGGCUGUGGUCACUGCAGAAGGGGAAGAACCAUCUUUACCAUCACAGAAAACCCCUUCUAAUUUCUUGAAUGUUUACCUGAUAGAUUUAAUCUCUGGUAACAUUGUUUUCCAUGCUACUCAUCGAAGGGCUCGAGGACCUGUGCAUGUUGUACAUUCCGAGAAUUGGGUUGUUUACAAUUUCUACAGCCAGAAAAAUCGCCGUAAUGAAAUGGUCAUCUUGGAAAUGUAUGAAGGAAAAGAACAAAGCAACUCUACAGCAUUCUCCUCCUUCAACCCCCCACCAGUGCCAAUGGUAAUGCGUCAAGCCUAUAUUUUCCCAGCUCACAUCUCAACAAUGGCAGCCACAAUAACUGAAAAGGGAAUUACUAGCAAACAUGUUAUCGUUUCAUUGAAAUUUGGUGGACUUCUCUCCCUACCAAAAGCAUUCCUUGACCCCAGGAGACCAGUAACCCCAACUCAGCAACAUAUGGAGGAAGGAACCAUUCCCUAUGUUCCAGAAAUUCCUAUCAAUAUGGAAGCCAUUGUUAACUACAAUAAAAGUGUUUAUGGCAUCAAUGGGAUCCACACUGGUUCUGCUGGACUGGAAUCAACAUCUCUGAUCUUGGCCUACGGUCUUGAUCUUUUCUACACUCGAGUGAAUCCUUCCAAAAUGUUUGACGUUCUCAAAGAUGAUUUUGAUUAUAUUUUUAUCAGUAGUGUUCUCAUUGGGAUGAUUGUUGUUUCGGUUGUCUCUCAAAAAUUAGCUGCCAGAAAGGCUUUAAACCGAGCCUGGAGAUAA